ACGGAGAUCUGGGGUGCACGUGGGGGGCGGGCCCCGCGCGCGCCGGAUCGGCCGCGUCCCCUUUAAGCGCAGGCCCCGCCCCGCGCGCCCGGCGCCGCCAUCAUGAUCUGUCUGGUGCUGGCGGUCUUCGCCAGCCUCUUUCCGGCGGCCCGCAGCGGCGCGCACGAGCGCACCUUCGUGGCCGUGAAGCCCGACGGCGUGCAGCGGCGGCUGGUGGGCGAGGUGCUGCGGCGCUUCGAGCGAAAGGGCUUCCAACUGGUGGCGCUCAAGCUGCUGCAGGCGUCCGAGGAGCUGCUCCGCGAGCACUACGCCGAGCUGCGCGGACGCCCCUUCUUCGGCCGCCUGGUCAAGUACAUGGGCUCGGGCCCCGUCGUAGCCAUGGUGUGGCAGGGGCUGGAUGUCGUGCGUGCCUCCCGGGCUCUCAUCGGGGCCACGGACCCGGCCGAGGCGCUGCCCGGCACCAUCCGCGGGGAUCUCUGCGUGGAGAUUGGCAAGAAUGUGAUCCACGGCAGCGACUCGGUGGAGAGCGCCCGGCGUGAGAUCGCGCUCUGGUUCCGCAGUGACGAGCUGCUGUGCUGGGAGGACAGCGCCGGGCACUGGCUGUACGAGUAGGCGGCAGGACCCCCAAUUCCCGCGUCCCCAAAUAAAGCAGAGGCCUGGG